CUGACUGCAGUGGCUGUGGCAGUUGGUGGGUUACGCCAGAAAAUCGACGUUGCGUUCCGAAGAAGCUAGAUAGGUUCGGACGGCUGAGAAGAAGCUCUAUUUAUUUUACAGAUUUAAAAUGAACAGGAUACGAAUCCACGUUUUGCCUUCAAGUCGGAACCGGGUGUCCCAGACACCUCGUCCCCAGGAGCCCCAGUUUUGCUCUUUUACACAGCGACCGUGUUCUCAGCCUCGUCUGGAAGGACUGGAGUUCUGCAUCAAACACAUUCUGGAGGACAAGAAUGCCCCAUACAAGCAGUGCAGCUACGUCUCUGCCAAGAACGGCAAGCGCUGCCCUAAUGCUUCACCAAAGGUGGAAAGAAAAGAUGGAGUGACAUUCUGUGCAGAGCAUGCUCGCAGAAAUGCCAUGGCCCUCCGAGCUCAGAUGAGAAAGCAGUCUUCCAAUCCAUCCCCAGAGCUACUACUGUCCCAGCUUAGUGGCUACAACAGAGCAGAGACACACAGUGCUGAUGGAAGCCGCUCUGAAGCCAGCCGUAUUCUAGAUGAAGAGAGUCUAAGUGAAGAGGAGCAGGGUCCAUUGGUACUAGACCAGACGUGGAGAGGAGACCCCGACAGUGAUAUAGACAGCGUUGAUAGUGACCAUGAAGAUCCUCUGAAACAUGCAGGAGUUUACACAGCAGAGGAGGUGGCGCUAAUCACUCGAGAAAAACUCAUUAGGCUCCAGUCUCUCUACAUUGACCAAUUCAAACGCCUGCAGCAUCUACUCAAGGAGAAAAAGCGCAGAUACCUGCACAACCGCAAAGUAGAGCACGAAACUCUCGGAAGCAGUCUGUUGACGGGGCCUGAAGGUCUGUCCAUGAAGGAGAGGGAGAACCUAAAGAAACUCAAAGCUCUGCGUCGAUACCGUCGUCGGUACGGUGUGGAAGCUCUGCUGCACCGACAACUCAGGGAGAGGAGGCAGGCUGUGACAGAAGGAGCUCCUCAGCCUCACACGAGAACAGCGUAUGAGAAGUGUAUCUCUUUUGUAGAAGGAACUCGAUGUACCAAUCCCUGCCUGCCAAUGACCCGCCACUGUGUCACACACAUCUACCAGGACAGCAACCAGGUGCUUUUCAAAAUGUGUCCAGGCCUUAAAGACCUCCCAUGUGACCGCACAGUGCACAUGGGUCAGUCUGACGAUCCUCGCUGUCCGCUCCACCUCACCCUGCCUCCCCCCAUGUACCAGCCAGAGCAGGAAGCUCCCCCACAGGAACCCAUUACCACUGCAAGCAGAGACAUGUAUUUGAGUGCAGCAGAACUCCAGCCCACAGAAAGCCUCCCUCUAGAGUUCAGUGAUAUAAAAGGAGCAGAUUCUCAUCCUCAUCAGAGGACACCUAGUGCUGCCUGCAUUAUGUCUUGUACAUGGAAGAAGUUAGUCCUGCCGUAUUUGUUCUUCUUUCCAAACCAAGACCACAUUCUCUUAGAGGACCUGGAUGUUGAAGGGGAUGGCAUGCAGGGUCCUCCAUCCCCCCUUCAGUUCGACACUGCCCUCGCUCUGGAGGACCAGACCAUCAGAGCCAUCGCCGAGGCCCCGAUGGACAUCCUGACAGGAGAAGACCCAGACCAAGUGGACCUUGACGCCUCGGGACAGGAGCUCUCCGAGAGAGAUGUGGAUGCCAUCAUGGAUGACCAGGUGGUUUCAGAGGUUGUAGGAGGUGAAGAGGAGGCCGCUGAUACUUCACUCCAAGACGUCAAUGCAGCUACAGUCGAUGCUCCAAGAUAAAACAACUACUGCAAGAUGAUCUGAAGAACAUGUACAAUAGACAAUAAAGCUGCGUUUCUACCAAAAGAAAGCAGAACUUUUUAUCCCAGGUGAUUUUCAGGAGUUUUCAGUGAGGUUCAGUGGUGCUUAAACACAAGAAAAACUAGUCUGAUUUUGAAAAAUUCACAUCUAUUUCACAUCGAUUUUAAAGUGUUAACAUCCAUGACAGUUUGCAAAAGUAGUUCGAAAUAUUGUAGCAGCAUUAAUAAAAGACUUUAGAAUACAGUGCAGAAACUGCAAACGUGCAUCUGAAUUAAUUAUUUUACUCAGUUUUCCAACAAAAACUGAAGUUCUCAUUUAAUCCCAUUAUAAUGGGAUAAUAAGUUCUUUGCAGAUGACGACACGCGACGGUGCAGAACUUCACUUGGGAGGCAAGUAGUGAUUUCAGCAUAGAGAAACUCUACCAAAAAGGCAUGU